AGCUUAGAAUUCAGAGCUAAAAAGGGCAAAAGAAGAAGCCAAUUGAUGGACGUCUAAUCUAAUGUAAUUUAGUUUAGUUAGGUAUUAACCCCGACGACCAUUUUCCUCCUCCCUUUGACCUCUUCCUCCUCACUUUCUACUGUUCUACCAAGCAUCCAAAUUUGAAUUCGGUGAUUUUCCUGCAAAAAUUUCCACCUACCAAUUUCAAUUUUUUUUCACCUAUCUUCUUUUCUCCUUGUACUUUACAUUAAUCUACUGCCGUUAUGGUGCUUUAAAAUUCAAAUUUGGUCCGUGGAUUAUCUUAGAUUUGUUCUGAUUAGGGAUUUCUUUCGCGAAUCAAGCUGAGCUAGGUUAUCGAUGAUGCUUCAAGCUGUUGUUUUUGAUCGUAUGCAGUUUUUUUUUUAAUUAUUUAACUGGUAUGAAACAGGAAUUUGUAACGGAGAAAAUGUGCCAUCAGAAUUGUGGCGUGGAGCAUUUGUCCGUAGAAGAGGCAAUAGCAGCUGAUGAGAGUCUACUUAUUUACUGCAAGCCUGUUGAGCUUUACAAUAUCCUUCGCCGCCGUGCUCAAGACAACCCUUCAUUUCUUCGGAGAUGUUUGCGUUACAAAAUAAAAGAAAGGCGUAAAAAGAGGUUAAGAGAUGGAAUUGUAAUUUUCAACUACAAGGACUACAAGAACAUGCUACGAAAGACUGAAGCAACCGAGGACUUCUCCUGUCCAUUUUGCUUGAUGCAAUGUUUAAGCUUUAAGGGCCUGCGGUAUCACUUGUGCUCUUCUCAUGACCUAUUCAACUUCGAUUUUUGGGUGACUGAAGAGUAUCAAGCAGUGACUGUCUCUGUGAAUAUUGAUAGAUUUAUAUCAGAGACUGUUGCAGAUGGAAUAGAGCAGCGACAGCAGACAUUUUUUUUCUGCUCAAAGCCACGAACACGCAAGUCAAUAAACCUUGACCAAAAUGUGAAGAAAGUUUCCAUAAAGUUCUUGGAGUUGAAUUCAUCCGAAGGCACGAACAAUGGAUUUUUGGGGAAGGAAGAGGGUGAGAAUGCUUCCAAGUCAUCUUCUAGUGAGAAAGAUUUGCUCAACAUGAGAGAUGGAACAGAAAACUAUGGUUCUGAGUGUCCUACCGCUACAGAGUUAAUGGAGCGUGUUGCAUCCAGUUUUAGUAUCCCUGGUGUUUCAAUUGCCCAGGCUCAAUCUUCCGUGGAUCCUGAAUGUGUUAAAUCACAAUCUGGAAGUGAACCUUCACUUCCUGCUGCACUCCAUGUUGCAAAAGCAAGGAAGCUAACUGUGGAACGGUCAGACCCUAAAUACCGUGCGCUUCUGCAGAAACGACAAUUCUAUCACUCUCAUAGAGUUCAGCCUAUGGCAUUAGAACAAGUAAUGUCAGAUAGAGAUAGUGAAGAUGAAGUUGAUGAUGACAUUGCAGAUUUUGAAGAUAGAAGGAUGCUUGAUGACUUCGUCGAUGUUAGCAAAGAUGAGAAGCAAGUCAUGCAUCUCUGGAAUUCAUUUGUGAGAAAGCAAAGGGUCCUAGCAGAUGGUCACGUUCCGUGGGCAUGUGAGGCAUUUUCAAAACUUCAUGGACAGGAGUUGGUCAUCUCUCCUGCUCUCUUUUGGUGUUGGAGGUUAUUUAUGAUCAAACUCUGGAACCAUGGUCUUCUCGACGCAUCCACGAUGAACAACUGCAACAUGAUCCUCGAAAGAUGCCGAGAUGAAGGGUCGGGUGCUGCAAAAAGUGAAAGGCUAGAAGAUUGACUGGUGUGAAGGAAUCUUCAGUUUUUUAGAUGACAGGAUAAGUGACAUUGGUUUAGUGCUGCCUUAACCCAUUCUUUUACCCCCGUUUUACCUCAAUCAUUGAGCCAUAAUUUGAAUUAUUAUUAUUCAUUCAUGCACAUGAGAAGGGAUAGCACAGGACCUCCUUCGUGCCGUUGUCAUCUCAUUCAAUACAAACCACCAUUGUUUAACUCUACUGAAUUUAAGCUCAGAUCAAUAAUUGCUCAUUGAUCAGACUCCUUGUUAGUAUAUGAUGUAUAUCAAGACGUUGUCUUCCUCUCUUUUUAGUUGAGAAACUGUGAACCUCCACCAUCUGGACAUAGUUUUCUGCCA